UUCUGCCUUUUCAUUGCAUUCGAUAUAGAAGUCAAGAGGCGCUUUUCUGUUGCUCUUCCCAUUCUAGCCCUCGGUAUAUCCGUGCUCGGUCACCCUGGCGGACACCAUCUAAACCGCCGUGAGAUUACUCAUCGCGCCGGGAUGGGCCUUCAUGCCGUGAUCAUGUUUCGAGAUAUCAUGGGCAUCGUGUUAAGUGCCCCAUAUUUUGAGACUAUUCAGAAUGACACUUGUGUCUUGACUCCAGAGGUCACCCAGGGUUCUUACGUGUUCCCUCCUUCUCAAAUCCUCCAUCAGGACAUGACUGAGGACCGGAUUGGUUUUCCUCUUUAG